AUGGAACUUGACCCUGAAUUAUAUGGCUUGCGUAGAUCUCGACGCAUGGCUAAUACUCCUCGUGCUGUCAGUUACAAGUUACCUUCAACUUCAGAAGAAGACACUGAUGGUGAUGAACUCGAUUCUUCUAUUACCUCAAGAAAACGUAAGAAGGCCAUGAUGGUCGGUAAGAAAAUCCUUCCAAAGAAAAAAUCAAAAAUCUUAAAAUCCCACGGUUGGGAUAACUCCGCUUCUAAUUCGAACGACGAAGAUAGUGUCUUUGCUUCCUCUCCUCAGACUAAUAAAGAUACUUCGUCUACAAACGACACUGACGAUCCAGAAUGGCAUUCUUCAAAGAAUGUUUCAACAUCAACAUCGUCAAGGCAUAAGAAGAACACAUUCCUCAACACCAACGACUUCAUAAUGGAAAAACGAUACUCUAGGCGUACCCGCACUAUCACGAAUUAUAAUGAAGACGAAAUUGAUAGACGACUUGGGUUGGAAGUCUAUGAGGAUGAUGUGCAAAUUGAUGAAUACGCCCAACCAGAAGAAG